ACCCAUGUUCAUUAUGAUAUUGAAGGAUAAGGGAGUACAGAAGUGUCUCUGUGUGAUACAUUGUUACUGGCUCCAUUCAUUCACCCACUGCCCCCCAUUCCUACUCACCAACAUGGCACAACCAGGAGGGUCGAGCAGGGUCAGGAAUGCGACCGCAGAGGACCAGCAAAUCGCUGAUCAGGUAAAGGAGGACGUGGUUGAGAAGGUUGGGCGAAAACUUUCGAUAUUUAUAGUUGUUGGGGUUUUUACUGACGAGGUGCCUGCAGCUAAUAUAUAUUUUAUGAAGGUGAAAGUGGAAGACAAUGACUGUGCGCAUAUUCGGAUACACGUGAAUCGCAAUGGGAAGGCGCAUCUCCAUAGUGUGCAAGACCACAAGUCCCAGGACAGCCAAUUGGAAUACUUCUAAUCUCAGAGCCAUGAUGGUUGCAGAGAAGGAACGACCAACCUGGGCCAACCCAAAGUGCCUUCAUAACAUGCUGCUAAAUAAACAUUCUCAAUCCCUA